GAGGCUGAUGGGUGUUCUGCUUCAACAACUGGAGAGAGCCUCAGGUUUGUCACCCGCGCUCUAUGGUCUCCGCACCAAGUACGGUGGCCGGCGGAUGAGGAAGAAGGCGAAGUCAUGCUCCCUAGUUCCUCCGCGCGUGAAUGAGCGAGAGAGAAUCCCCGAUGGCACCGGGACCGCAGCCGCCGCCGGGCAGCCCCAGAAGUGGCUCUGGCGAAGAGGAGGAUGACUUCGGGUACCGCCUCUUUCCGGAGCGACGCCAAGGCGAGGCGAAGAAGCCGCGGACCUUUACGUACGAUCGUCUCUUCAACUUCAGCUUCAACCACAAGUGCCGGAUGAUGAUGAAGAUCGCCCUGGAGAACAAUCCAUAUGCUAAACUACUACUUGAAGCUAUGAAGAAUUCUGGCUGCACUGUUUUCAGAGACCGACACAUUUCAUGCGAAGAUUGUGAUGGAUGUGUCAGUGGAGGAUUUGAUUCUUCAACAUCACAGAUUGUGCUGUGCCAAAAUAACAUUCACUAUCAAUCUCAAAUGAACCGAGUGGUUACACAUGAGCUUAUCCAUGCAUUUGAUCACUGCCGUGCACAUGUGGACUGGUUCAAUAAUGUCAAGCACCUAGCUUGUUCAGAGAUUCGAGCUGCUAAUCUAAGUGGAGACUGCUCGUUCAUAAAUGAAAUGGCCCAGUUUAAAUUUGGAUUGAAACAGCACCGUCAGACCUGUGUAAGAAACAGAGCUGUUCGCUCCAUCACGACUGUUCGAAAAGUUAGCAAAGAGACAGCAGAGAAAGCUGUGGAUGAAGUGUUUGAAUCAUGUUUCAGUGAUCAUGAACCAUUUGGCAGAGUACCUCACAGCGAAGCAGAUGCAAAAUACGCAUACAGAGAUUUUCAGAACCGUGAUCGAUACUACGCAAAUUUAUAGACAACAUUGUUAAUCUCUAGUUGCUAAACUACAGCUUUUCAGGACCGUUUACAAAUGAUACGUUGUGCUGAAAUUGUGAAGAUAACCAGAUCCUGUGAAUUGGAGAGAAUAUCCAUGCUAUUUAGCAUUCAGCAUAAGAAUUACUCUACCAAUGGUUCCCCCCGCCUCAAACACACACACACAAAUUGUAUGUGAGCAUUCUGUGGAGGUUUAGCAAAUUCCUUGUUUUCAUCUGUGAUUGAAUAAAUGAUAUUUCAUUAAUUUUUAA